AUGGCUACUACGGAUAGCAAGGGUGGAUUCGCGCUUGUGCUGCAGAAUCCUUAUCUAUGCGGUGUUGCAUCGUUCUCAACCCUUGGCGGGUUGCUUUUUGGCUAUGAUCAAGGUGUCAUUAGCGGUGUCAUAACCAUGGAGUCCUUUGGAGCGAGUUAUUGGAUCGAUUACGGCACAAAUUAUAUUGGUGGCACCCGCUGUGCUCCGGAUAUUCCUUAUUCGGGUGGCACAGUGGCUAAACCUGCCUUCGAUCCAUACCACGAUGUUCCCGUGGGCGGGUGCAAUGGUCAAUCAGAGGCGUCGUGGCGGUUUCCUCUGGCUCUUCAGAUUCUUCCGGCUGUGAUUUUGGGGCUGGGGAUGCUUUUCUUCCCGGACUCGCCUCGCUGGUUGUUGAUGAAGGAACGGGAUGAUGAGUCAAUCACGGCGCUCGCGAAAUUGCGUCGACAGGCUCGCGAUAGUCCUGUUUUAUUGAACGAAUACCUUGAGAUCAAAGCUUCUAUUAUGCUGGAGAACACCUUUGCAAGAGAGAAUUUCCCCAAUCUGUCAGGGUACAAACUGCACAUGGCCCAGUACAUGUCAUUCCUGACGACUUGGGCCCGGUUCAAGCGUCUGGCAAUCGGUUGUAUAGUGAUGUUCUUCCAGCAGUUCAUGGGCUGUAACGCUAUGAUCUACUACGCGCCUACUAUCUUCGCCCAGCUGGGUUUGGAUGGAAAUACCACUUCCCUUCUUGCGACUGGUGUUUAUGGUAUCGUGAACUGCCUAAGUACCCUCCCAGCACUCUUUUUCAUUGACAAGGUUGGCCGUCGACCGUUGCUUAUGGCCGGUGCUACCGGAACCUGCAUCUCCCUGGUCAUUGUCGGUGGAAUACUGGGUGGGUAUGGGUCUGCUCUGGUGAGCAACAAGUCUGCCGGGUGGGCUGGCAUUGCCUUUAUCUACAUUUACGAUAUCAAUUUCUCAUAUUCCUUCGCUCCUAUCGGCUGGGUUCUUCCUUCUGAAAUCUUCAAUCUUUCGAUUAGAUCCAAAGCUAUCUCAAUUACAACCUCCGCCACAUGGAUGUGCAACUUCAUCAUUGGCCUCGUCACACCAGACAUGCUCGAGUCCAUCACUUGGGGCACCUAUAUCUUCUUCGCCGCAUUCUGUCUUCUGGCGCUCGCUUUCACAAUAUUCUGCGUCCCUGAAACGCGAGGCAAAACGCUUGAAGACAUGGAUCUCAUCUUCGGGGAUACAGCCGCCCACGAAGAAAAGAAACGCAUCAAGCACAUUGAAGCCGAGUUGCGCGGCACUCCUAUUGAAGAUGAGGAUUUCAUGAAACCCGUCGACGAACACGCGGAAACCAUUGAAGCUUGA